UUUACGAAAUAACUGUUACAGAUAAAUUUAGCACUACCGUGGAAUGUGAUUAAGAGCCAAGAGUAGGAAAGUGGAUUGAGGAUGGACGGGGGACCUGGAGCCGAUUCCUGGGAAACUGUCGACCGUAAAGUAUCAAAGAAGAGUAAGAAGAAGGUUGAGGGAGAGGAGGAUGGUUCCUGGAGUCGAGUAUCAAAUGACAAACGUAAAAAGGAGUUCUCAGGAACUAGGGGUGGGCGUGGAACAGAAGGGAUGGGAGGAGAAAGAAGAGAUGGAGGGGAUCGUCGUGGGGAUGGUGGUGACAGGCGAGGAGAUCGCGGGAAACCUCCACGUGGAGGAUCUAACCAGAGAUACACUUUACCCCGUAGACCCGGUGGUCGAGAUAGAGAUGGAUAUGGUUCAGCUGCUGGAGGACCUGGAGCAGGACAGUUUUCACGCUCUACACCUUCUCCGGGUAGAAGUAAUGCUCAGACACCACAAAUCCAAGGAAAUCUAGGUCCACCCCCUCCGCAAGAUAAUAUCCCGAGUAAACCCUCCUGGGCUAACCUGGCUGGUAAGACGGGAGGAACAGAAGGUACUCAGAAACCAGUUCUGCCAGAUGUAACUAAGCCCAGCUUGAAGCCUUCUCCUACAGUCCCGGAGAAAGCUUCUGCUGCUUGGACUCCUAAACCAGCACUUGAAUCCACUUCUGUUGUAGAGAUAGCUCCUCAAACCACUUCUCUUGUCACAGAACUUGAGAAGGAUAAAGCUCCGACGGCAGAACCCCAAGAUCCCAGUCCUACAAAUGAGUUGAACAAACCUACAGAAGUAAAGGCAGCAAUUAGUGAAAUUAGUGCGAGUCUUCCUAGUAAGAAAUUAAUAACCCUGAACCCUGCUGCUCCUGAAUUUAACUUUGAAUCUGCAAAACUAAAAAUAAAAUCUGAACCUGUUAUAACCUUGAAUCCUGCAGCACCCCCCUUCACGCUGUACCCAGGGAAAGAUAUAGACGUCCUUGAGUCUCCCGCUGCUGCUGCCCUGGUUGUUAAUAAAGAUGUUGAAUGCAAUGGGAAUAUUGUUGCGCUGGAUGCAAACGAAAACAUUGAGGUCAGCAAACCCGCUUCCGUUAUCACUACAGUAUCGCUUAGUCCUCCAGUGGAUAAAACUCCUGAAUUGGAGAUUGUUCCGGUCAAUUCUCGCUCAAUAGAUGCUUCCAAGACAACCCCAGUGCCAUCAUCAGCUACUGAAUCUGUGACUACACUGACUAGUCCGGUCAGUAUUAAAUCUGUAGACCCUGAGACCCGUCACUACGGCAGGGAUGCUCUUCUGCAGCUACAGCAGCAUCCUCUAUCCCUUGUUAAACCUGAGCGUCUUCCAGCUUUAGAUAUUGUUCUAGAUUCUCCGCUCCGAUCCUCCAAUAGCGCUCCACAACUAGGAGAAACACCACAGUUCCAUCAGUUUGCUCGAACCCUGCCUUCUAAGCGUGAUAGUGUUAGGAAACCGUCAAAGAUAAUAUCCCUCUCUCGGGAACCCGUAAAGCUUCACAAGUCGGAGAACGCCUGGACUCCGGCAGUUAAGUCUCAAACUGAGCAAGAUGAGAUGGACGUCUUGUCUAAAAGUGUUCUCUCUAUUCUCAAUAAGUUGACUCCACAGAUGUUUGAUGUUCUGGUUGAGAAGUUUAAGAAGUUGGACAUUGAUACUGAAGAAAAGUUGAUAAUGUGCAUGGAGCAGGUGUUCGAGAAAGCUGUAGAUGAACCUUCUUUCUCGAGUGCUUAUGCCCGGAUGUGUAGGGAGUUGUCCCGCAAAGCUGUCACAAAAGAUACACAAUCAGACGAGAACUUUAGGCAGAUACUUCUGGACCGUUGUCAAAAGGAGUUCCAGGCUGAUUACAUCAGCGAGGAACAACGUAAGAAGUAUGAGGAUGAUUUGAACAACGCUACAACAGAAGACGACAAGAAGAAGAUCAAAGGAGAGUUUGAAACUCUAGAAUUAAAGAUGAGAAGAAGAUCCCUAGGAAAUAUUCGUUUCAUCAGUGAACUAUACAAUCUGAAAAUGUUGCCUGGGAAGAUUAUGCAUGAAAUAGUACGAAAACUGCUUGAAGCUGUUGACGAGGAGAGCUUAGAGAGUCUGUGUCGACUUCUCACAACUUCUGGGAGCAACAUGGAGAAGGAAACUGCUACCAUCCCGGAAGAAAGACGUCAUCUCUACGACUUUGACAAUUACUUCAGCAAGAUUGAAAAAAUCGUUGGGAACAAGAAGGUCUCGAGCCGAGUCAGGUUUCUACUGCAGGAUGUUGUGGAUCUGCGUAAAAACAACUGGGUGAGUAGACGUGUUGAUUCAGGUCCUAAAACUAUUCGACAGAUCCACAAAGAAGCUGAACUUGAGGCGUUGAAGAUAAAGCUUGCCGAUCAAAAUCUUAGCUCCCCGGUAGCAAGGCGAAGCGAAGAUCGAAAUCGACGUAAAACCGAAUUCCGUCCUCCUCGUGCCCAGCAAGAUGAAGGAUGGAGUGCUGUACCCCUGAAAGCUCAACGUCCCUCUGACGUGAUGGACCCUGAAAGGUUAAGGAACAUAAAGAAAGUAGACACCAACUCUAUCAAGCUCAAACCUGAUUCUGGGCGAGGUAUCUCUUCCUGGGCCGGAGGCAGUACUGGUCCUCAAACCCCCUCCGUCCACAGCGGAAACCGCUUCCAGAUGUUGGAGGAUUCCGAGUCUAUGCCGGCUCCUCAGGUUCACUAUAGUGGUAGAGCAAGCGAACCUAUUCGAACCUCUUAUGAUCGGAGCUUGAGCAGAGGAAGAAUGCAGUAUGGGAAACCUUCUUCACAAGUUUCUAGUCGCUCCAGUUCUGUGGAUAGAAGUGCUUCUCUGCGCGGUUCAGCAGCUACAGACGAAGAAGAGCUGAAAACUAAAUUUAGAACUCUGCUAGAUGAAUAUAUUAGCAACUGUGAUUUUAAUGAAACUCUGGUUUCUAUCUGCGAAAACUUUCAUUCUUCCAACAUCGAUUUUCUGGUGGAAGUAUGUUUCGACUAUGGACUGGAGAAGAAAGAAAAAGAUCGGUUGAAAUGUGGAGAUCUUCUCAGCGGAUUGAUGGAGAAAGAAUGUCUUCAGAUUUCUCAGUUGUGUACAGGCUUGGGGCGUAUUCUAGAAAUAGCUGCUGAUAUUAUUCUUGAUGUUCCCAAGUUUUGGGAGCUUACUGCGGACAUUCUAGCUUGUGUCCUAGUCAAAAGAAGCUGCUUUGACCGUGUAAUGGAAAAUAGCUGCGAGUUCGUGACCGACCAGAAAUUGCGCGAAAAUUUUAUUGAAACCGUUUUAGGUUCAAUCAAACGAAUGAACGAGGAUUCGUUCUCUUUGUUUAUAAACCAGCAUACAGAAGCCUUGGAGAAACUGCUUGGUUUGGACCUAGCUUCGUUUUUAACUGACAAACAAUUACUUGUUAUCGUGUCUAAACCUCUUCAGAACGGAAGUAGACACGAGGAUCUGUACAGACAACUCAGUGACGUACUUAAUAAGAAAGUCCCCGAAAAUGACGAACUGUCGAUCAUCGACAAAAUUCUUUGUGAUAAGGUGAUAGAGAAGGAUGUGUUGAGAAUUGUGGUGACGGCUGUGAUUGAGAGUGUUGUGGACGGGGUGGCUGGAACUCAAUGUUCUCUCCGAAUGGAAGGAUUAAAGGCAAGAGCUCCGAUCCUGAAGAAGUAUCUGGACGCUGACAAGGACCGGGAAUUGAACGCACUUUACGCAAUCCAGAGUUUAGUUCAUGGACUCCAGCAUCCUAAUAAACUACUCCAUCAGAUCCUCGAGGCCUUAUACGACCAGGAUUGUAUUAGUGAGGACGCCCUCCUGGACUGGGAGAAAAGUGAGGACCCGGAGGAGCAGGAGGGGAAAGGAGUAGCUCUCAAGUCCUGUACCCAGUUCUUUGAAUGGUUGAAGACCGCGGAUGAAGAGCAGGAGGAGAUGGAUAUGAUAGAAACGGUGGUGGAAUCAAAAUAGCUGAAUGGUGAUGCAUAAACUUACUGCUGGACAUAUGACCACUCCGGGUACCAACACAGUACACGAUCCACUACGGAGCUUUUAUUCUGGUCUUCAGUUGGAAUUCUUGCUCAUUUGCCACUAACUUGCUUAAAGAAAACGUUGGAUAUUUUAUUUUUAAUUAUUU